GAAUUUGUGUACGUGUAAAGUAUGUAUGCAUCUGGAAAAGUGCACAAAAUGCAUAAUAUGAAGUAAAAUUAAGCAUACUUACGGAAUUGCUCGAUCAUUUGUGUAAAACAAUAAAAAUAAAAAUGCAGAUGCUAAUAUUGAAAAUAGCUUUUUAAUGAAUGUAAAAAGUGAUUAGUUCAAAAUUGAUUAUGUCCAAAUAAAAUAAAUAAAUUAAUUGAAAAUAUACAAAUAUAAAUGCAUAGGCAAAAAUGCAUCACCAUCAUCACUCAACGUCAAUAGUAUCAAACUCUUUAAGUGAAGGUGGUAUUGCGCACCAACGAAGAAGAAAAAAACGGCCAAAUUACGGUACUCGUACUGUAGAAGUUCGUCGUGGCUAUAAUGGUUUUGGGUUUACCAUAUCUGGACAACAACCUUGUCGACUAUCAUGCAUAGUACAACAUUCUCCAGCAGACCAAGCUGGUUUACGUGCAGGUGAUUUCUUAAUUUCUGUUAAUGGACUCGGUGUAUCUAAAUUGCCCCAUGAAACUGUGGUACAAUUAAUUGGUAAUUCUUUUGGAAGCAUACGUAUGCAAAUAGCAGAAAAUUAUUUUUCUGAUAGUUCGGACGAAGAAAAUGCAUUUUUAUUGCAACGAAAACAAUUCAAUAGCACCUUAUCUUCAACGUCGGGACAAUCUGGGAUAUCGGGAAUAAAUGGUAAACCGCGAUUUUUAUAUCACAGAAAUAAAGUGCAUAGAUUACGGAAUUCUCCAAAUAAGCAAACUGUGAAGCAUCAUUUGCAAUCUGAGAGGCCACAUUUAAGGAAUUCUUCAAAAAGGCGUUCAGAACUUCAAACUUUACGGCCACUUAUAGAAGAUUUGCCUCUAACACUGCAGCUGAAUAGUACAAGCAAAACUGAAAAAAAAGCUUCCGAAAUCAAAAUAGAUGGAGCGCAACAAAUUUCUUCGGACGUAGCAAAUGUAAGUGCUAUGGUACGUAUACCACAUGCAGCUUUAGAAUAUCGCGUAAUAGUCGGUUACUUGGGAACUAUAGAAAUGCCAAAACAGAUAUCUAAUAAUUCAAAACUUCAAACUGUUAGAUCAUGUAUACGAAAAUUGCGUCAAGAAAAACGUCAACCUAGUACUGUUCUAAUGACUAUACUACCUGAUUGUCUGCGACUGCAAUCUUCAAACGGUACUGUUUUAGCUAGUUAUGCAUCUGAACGCUUGAAUUAUGUGAGCUCAUCGUCUGAAAGUGAAAAUCGAUUUUUUGGUCUUGUCACCAGUUCUAUACAUACAUCCCAAGCUGACGAAGAAGAUAAUGAUGAUACAGAAAGCAGAGAUUUUUCAGCCGCUGUUAGUCCAAAAACGAAAAAUAUAAGCAUUUCAAACAGUUGUCAUGUUUUUGUCAUAGAUACUAAAUUAUGUAGCCAUCAAUAUCACAAACUGUAUGCAGAUCAAUUUCAUAUACAAUGUACUGAAGAUCCAAUCUCGAAUUUAUGUUUAGAAUUUCCAAAUAAUUCUGAAUAUGUUGUUAAUUUAAUACGUAGCAUGUAUACAAUGCGCAUACUACCGGCCGCUACAUAUAAACAGCAUGAUAUUCCUGUACCUAAUAUGAAUUAUGCUGGAGCCUCACACUCUCCACAACCUAGUAAUAUAAGCGAAGUGUCUACAACUACUUCCAACUCUGAUUCAGGUAUCGGAUUUUAUAAUGAUGUCAAGAGUAUAUCUGAUCGAAUUCUAGUAGUUGAUUUUCCGAAAAGAGUGGAAUUUCGAAUGUGCAAUACUGCUGCACGGCCUAGUGGUAUUUUUAAUAAUUUUGAUGUUAUUGUCGAUAAACGUUUAACAGUACGCGCAAUGCCUGAUCCUGUAACUGAUGUUGCCCAACAAAUGCUUCCUGAGUUAUCUUCCAACUUCAAUUUAAUGAAUACUUCUUUAAGUAACUUACAAAUAACACGAUCUUGUGACGAUGUACUAUCAAUGGUGGAACGAACACAAAACAAGGAAGAUUUGUUUCCACAUACCUCCCUUAAUAAUAUAUCUUUAAAUUCAUUAGCUACACCACCAGUUAAUGAUACCAUAUUCCUUCAUCCAUCGUGUGUUGAACACAUAUCAGUACAUAAAAAACCUAUAAAUGAAUCUACAAAUGUUUUUCAAAAGAAUGCUGAUAUAACCAAUGUACAGAGUUCGUUGCAAACUAACACUUCAUUAUCGUAUAAAUUAAGCCCCCAAGUGUUUGUCUCGAAUACAAAACGUAAUUCCAAAUCGGAUAAGAGCAGUUUAAAUUUAGAAAUAAAUGACUAUUCGAACACUUUAGUAACAUCGAGUGAAAUCUGUGAAAACUAUUUAUGUAAAUGGAAUAGUUUACAAAAUCUGGAGACAACAUUAAGAAUUCAAAAUCGAGAUUUUCUCGGAGCUACAAACAGUGAACCAAAUUUAGGCGAGAAUUGUGAUUUGGACGUCGGUGCUUCGCCACUUAGAUGUGCUUGGAGCCAUUCAUCGUUUCGUACGCCACGUACGGAUAAACAUCUGAAAAAUCAAAGCCCAUUAGUUCGUCGCACUGCAUCCAUGACAGCUUCAGACAACGAUGUUUCUAUUAGAUCUGUGACAGAUAGUAAUAAAGAAUUUUAUCAAAAACAGCUCCAACAUCGUAUUCCUGUAAAUGACAAUCAAAAUGCACAGUUGACAACUAAUAAAAUUGUGAUAUCCAAUCCAAAAUUAUCGCAGGCAAAAAAAGAAAUAAUGGAAGAAUUAGUAACGUCGGGGGCAGCUGCUUGGGGUAAUUCUUUUGAACGCAUGCUAGAAGAUCCCUUUGGUUUACACACUUUCGCCGAGUUUUUGAAAAAAGAAUUUUCAGCGGAGAAUAUUUAUUUCUGGACUGCGUGUGAAAGAUAUCGACAGUUGGAAAAUAAAACUGAACGCAGUGUUCAAGCAUUAAGUAUUUUUAAUAAACAUUUAGGGGAUGGAGCAAUUGAACCUGUAAAUGUUGACUCGCAUGCUCGAAAUUUAUCUGAAGAAAAAUUAAAGUGUGCCGAAAUUGACAUUUUCAUACCGGCACAAAAACAAAUUUUUAAUUUAAUGAAAUUUGACAGUUAUCAAAGGUUCAUACGUUCCGAUCUUUAUAAAAGUUGUUUAGAGGCAGAGCAAAAAAAACAACCGUUACCGUACGGGAUGGAAGAUUUUGAUGAACUUCUACAAACUCAUUUUCAUCAAAAUAGCUUAUCAAAGCUAAAAAAAUCAGUAAGUAAUGCAGAAGACAGGCGUCGCAAAAGUUUACUUCCUUGGCAUCGUAAAAUGCGUAGUAAAUCUCGUGAUCGUGAAGCAGAGAAUAAGGCAACUACUUGCAAAGUACCACAGAUAGCUGCUAAUUCGCUUAAAAUACCAUCCGUAUUCCAAUCUAAUUCUACAAGUGAUAUUCACAGCUCUCGCUCUUCGCUUUCUUCUUUUGAUGCCUUACCGUCAGUACAUAUCGUUAAUCAAGUAGAUAGCCACAGUACGGAAUCCAUUACGUGUUCGCUCUGCCGAGUAAUACUCAGUGAUGGUGCUACUACAAUAGUCCAAAUUCGUCCCGAAGACACAGUAAAGCAGUUAGUUGAGCGUUUAUUGGAAAAGCGUGGAUUGAUAUAUAAAUUUUAUGACGUUGUCAUUAAUGGAAGUGCAAAAUCAAUUGACUUGCAAAAUUCUGCAACAGUGAUUGCGGGUAAAGAAGUAUUUAUAGAGCAACGUGUAGCAUUUAAAUUAGAUCUUCCUGAUCCCAAAGUUAUAUCAGUUAAAAGUAAACCAAAGAAACAAUUGCAAGAGGUUGUUCGUCCUAUCCUACUUAAAUAUAAUUAUUCAAUAGAUAACGUGCAUGUUGUAUUUCGUGAUACACAUGAGAUGGUUGAUUUAUCAUUGCCUGUCACUAUUGUUGAUGGUCAACGUUUACAGAUAAUUCAAAUAGACAAACCAAAUACAUCAAAAUAUUCAAAGCAAUGCUUAUUAAAAAGUGCACCAUUUCCUAUUAAAGUGGAGCAAUUAUCUUUCAUCAGUGAAGAAAAAUCUAAUAUAUACUGUGAAAAUACAGGUCAAAGUACGUUAGACGAAAUAACUAACAAAGUAUUUAGUGAGCUAUUGCAAGGUAAAGUUGAAGCACAUGCAUCCAACAAGCGGUUGUCAAUACCACCUAAUGAUGUGUGCUCUUUAAAAUCAGAUGAUUAUGUGUCUGAAUCCUCGUCUUUAUUUAACCGUGCACGGGAGAAAAACAAUCAAGGUUUGAAUCUAAAAAACAAGUUAUUUUGUAAUCAAAACUCCGAAGAAAAUAUUACAAGUUUUAAAUCUACAUGCUUAACUGAUGGAACAUCUCCAACUAUAGAGAUCAAGAAACCAAUAAUUGCGAAAUUAAAAGCUGGCGUUAAAGUGCAAGUAACUGAACGAAUGGUUGAAAAUCAAGAUGAACUGCUAGAAGGGUUAAAACGUGCUCAGCUUGCCCGAUUGGAGGACCAAAGGGGUACUGAAAUUAAUUUUGAACUACCUGAUUUUUUAAAAAAUAAAGAAAAUAUGAAUGAGGCUGCUUCUAAUCUCCGGAAAGUACGUGCAAAUUUAAGUCCAAUAAGUAAGCAGAUUACACUACAUGAGUCCCUAUCGUCAUUAAAAGAACUUCCUCAACCAGCACCAAGAUUUUCCAUUACUAAUAAAAAAUCGACAUCUAAUUCUACGAAAAAUUCUGACUUACAAAGCUUACAGCAAAUUCAACCAGAUGAAUUAAGUAUACCAGUAGAAGCUGAUAUUGUAUUAGGUGGGAAAAGCCCGCCACCUCUACCACCUAAACCAAAAGUAUUACCUACAAAGCCAUCAAAUUGGGGUGUAUCUUCUGUAAUUGGCACACACACAUCAUCCUCAUCGCUGUCUCUAUCCACUAAAAUACCAUUGACAGACCACAGUCGCAAAACACAAAUAUCUAAUGAACGUUGUUAUAUAGAAGAAACCAGCAGCAGCUUCGUUUAAUUAUGCAUGCAUAUCAUUAUUAAACUACAUUAUGAAUAUAUAUAUACAUAUGUAUAUAUCAUGUGUGUAAUGUAUAAAUUAUAAAACAUGAUUAUUCUACA